AUGAUAUGUUACUCCAUUUUAGGACCCUUUUUUCCCAACGAGGCGAUAAAGAAGGGAGCGAGUCAGACCGACAUCGGACUCAUAUUCGGCUGCUACGCUGUCGCUAAUUUAAUCGGUUCAUUAGUUUUAGGGAAGUUUAUCGUUCAAAUAGGAGCUAAGUUUAUGCUGGUGGCCGGGCUGUUCCUUUCAUCGGGAUGCACCAUUUUAUUUGGAUUACUGGACCGUGUUCCUGCAGGUGCUCCGUUCAUCGCCCUGUGCUUCGUCGUGAGAUCCGUGGAUGCGUUGGGAUUUGCUGCAGCCAUGACUUCUUCUUUUGCGAUGACAGCUAAAAUCUUCCCCAACAAUGUGGCCACUGUCCUGGGCAGUCUGGAGAUCUUCACUGGCCUGGGGCUGAUCCUGGGACCGCCGGUCGGGGGAUGGUUUUAUCAGACCUUUGGAUAUGAAGUCCCAUUCAUGCUCCUCGGCUGUUUCCUUUUAAUUAUGGUCCCGUUCAACAUCGUUGUCCUGCCCACUAUCGACGCAGAUCCAUCCAAAGAAUCUUUCCUCCGUCUUCUCUCUAAUGUGAAAGUGAUUCUCAUCUGCUAUGCCAUAUUUACACUAAGUGCCGGCUUGGGCUUCCUGGACGCCACAUUGUCACUGUUUGCCAUUGAGAAGUUCGCCCUCUCCCCGGGCUCCGUGGGGCUCAUCAUGCUGGGGCUGUCCCUGCCCUACUGCCUGGCCUCUCCAGUCCUGGGCUAUUUCACCGAUAAGUAUCCAGCUUCCAGGAGCUGGUUCAUGGUCACGGGAGCGUUUACUACUGCAGUCGGCUUCUGUCUGCUCGGCCCGGCGCCAUUUUUGAACAUGUCUGGGCCGCUGUGGCUGCUGGUCGUCAUGCUGGGUGUAAUUGGGUUUUCUCUGGGAAUGACGGCGCUCCCCACGUUCCCGGAGAUCAUCACAUGUGUGUAUGAUCAAGGCCACGAGGAAGGCCUGAGCACGCUGGGGAUGGUGUCCGGUUUGUUUGGAGCCGUCUGGUCCUCGGGGAUGUUUUAUGGACCCAUCGUUGGGGGUCUCAUCACUCAGAGGCUGAGCUUUGAGUGGGCCGCACUGGUGCAGGGAGCACUGACUCUUUUAGCCGCGGUUCUACUUGGUCUGCAUUACAUCUUUUACGUGCCACAUUCCCAAAGACAAACGACUGAACCGACGACAGAAGAAAGCACUCCUCUCCUGGAGCCAUGA